UACCUUUCUUUGAAUGUUUCGCCCCAAAGGACAUUGGAUUGUGAUCUAUUCGUAGAUGUUUAUUCCGAGAGGUAGCUUGGCUGCGCCGCGGACCCGAGAGCACGAGGUAGGCUCCAGGCAAUUAUAGGUACUCUACGGUGGUGCUUCAGGAGUGUCCACAACAUUGUGUCUAGUCAGGCAUGCGAUCAAGUGGAUCGAGCUUGUAAGCAGAAUAUGAGCUAUGCCAUUAGGCACACUAUAUUAUGGAUGUAUUAUUUCGAAUCAGCCACUGUUCAAAGGCAGCUAAGCCUGCAAGAUCUGUUUGGACUACUGAUGGUGUUAGUGUCACAACUCACAAGCAGGGGUGGGAGUGUGAAGCAAGCUCAGCCAGUGGAAGACUUUUGUCACGAUCGUAUGGCGGGACGAAAGUGAAUGGGAACGAAAUCU